AUGGCUGCAACUGAUAGUGCAGCAAAUCCUGGGGACCGUCAGGCGCUGACGACUUCUGAUAUAGAGAACCUCCAAUCGCUUUGGGAGAAGUUUUUUGCGGAUGCGGAGGAGAACGGGCGGACUGUGGUCAUCAGAUUUUUUACAGAUUUCCCCGAGAGCAAGCAGUAUUUCAAGACUGUCCCCACGGAGGGCAAUCUCAGCAAGAACCCCCUAGUGGCUAUGCAUGGCAGGAGAGUCAUGGCUACAUUCAACCAAGUGAUGGAAAACAUUGAGAACUGGGAAAAGGCCUGCAAGCUGCUCCAGCAUCUGGUGAACAACCACAAGAAUUUCCACCAAGUGCCAUCAGUCAUGUUCCAGUGUAUGCUCCGUGCAAUGUUGUCUGUCUGCCAAGACAUAAUGGGCGAGGAACUCACCAGUGCCAUCUUGGUUUCUUGGGACAAAUUCUUUGAGAUACUCUAUGAAGAAAUCACAGCCGCUUACGAUCGAGAAUGA